AUGGCUGUCAAGAUUCGCCGAGUCGCCGUGAUCGGCGCUGGUCCUAGCGGUGCCAUUGCAACCGACGCUUUGGUAAAGGAGCAGACAUUCGACGUCGUUCGUGUUUUCGACCGCCGAGCUGUUCCUGGCGGAACAUGGGUAUAUACACCUCACCUCCCAGCCGCCAUUCCUUCUCUAAGGAAAUUGUUAGAUGGAACUGCGGACGUCCCAGUUCCCAUCCCAACACAACUCCCCGCUCAGACUUACAAGUCUGAGGCGGUCGGCAACCAUCAACUUCGUUUCUCUGAUACUGCCCAGCAUGAGCACCUCCACACCAACAUUACCCCUGAGAUUAUGAGUUUUACGACGGAGCCGUUCCCGGAAACGCUAACUGACCGUAUUCGGGAGAAGUAUGGCGAAGACGCUCCCUUUCGUGGAAGAGAGCAAAUUCGCCAGUGGGUCGAAGACAUCUUUGUCAAGAAUGAGCACGAGAAGUUGCUUGAGCUGAGCACCACAGUUGAGCUCGCCGAGAAGCAAGGAGACGAAUGGGUCCUCACUUUAAGGAAAGAGCUUCCUGGAAAUGAUCAAUGGUGGCAAGAAAAGUUUGAUGCUCUCAUUGUUGCGACUGGACACUACAACAUCCCCUGGAUCCCCAACAUCAAGGGUAUCGCUGAAUACGAUGAGAGGUUCCCAGGCCGUAUCGUCCACAGCAAGCACUUUAGAGGAUCAGACAAAUACAAGGGCAAGAAAGUCAUUGUUGUUGGAGGUUCAGUUUCAUCACAUGAACUUCUCCACGAAGUCCUGCCUGUCGCCCAACACCCGGUUUACGCCUCUCUUAGAGGAGAUCCCAUUCCCCACUUUGGAUGGGAGCCGUUUACACACCCGCACAUCUCCAUCCAGAAACAAAUAGUUCAUUUCUGUUCAAAGUCUGGUACUAUCACCUUUGAGGAUGGAACCAAGGUUCACGACGUAGAUCACGUCAUUUUUGGAACUGGAUACACUUUCAGCUUCCCCUUCUUGCCCAAGAUUCAAGAGCGAGUAUCGCAAGCCGAUCGCCGACUGCCAGGCGUGUACUACCACACAUGGGAUAUAGAAGACCCAACUCUUGCCUUCCUUGGAAUGUGCGGAGGCGGGUUUACUUUCCGUCUUUUCGAAUGGCAAGCAGUUGCUGUCGCUCGUCUCCUCGCAGGCAGAGGAAACCCGCUACCAUCAAAAGAAGAACAGAAGGAGUGGGAGAGAAAGCGCGUCGCCGAGCUCGGAGGUGGCAAGGCAUACUACACUAUUGCGCCGGAUUAUAAGACGGUGUUCGAAUACUUCAGAUCGGUUGCUGGAGACCCCGCCCCGGGUACGACAGGUCGAGUAUUGCCGCCGUUUGAUGAUAAUCUGCUAGAAAUCUGGGCCACCAUGGGCACGGCAAAAACCAAAUCGUGGCAAGUUUCUAGGCAGAAGGCUGAGGUGGAAGUGUCGAACGAGACUGUUAGAGCGAGGCUUUAA